CGUUACACAUGGACAAAACAAGACAUUAAUGCGUAGACUCACAGUUUUGUAUGUGUUUAGUCUUCCUUUUAAGUUUCUUUCAAGAAGUUUAGUGUGUUUUUCAAAGGACAACACAUGGAAUUUAUAUUAUAGGUCAAGGAUUUUUUUUGUCCGCGUUUCAAUUUGUGUUUGUGUGUUGAAAUUAAAAAGGGAUGUGUUGGUAAUAAUGACAUUUAAAUAAGAAGCCACACUGAACUAUAUACUGAACAACACUAGAAAAUGGUUUAUAGACUUCGUUAGUGACAAAAUGAUUAAAAAAAAGAGUAUUAAGGUCUUAUCAUUUCCAAUCUAUGUAACCUAAAUAUACUGUGUGCUGGAAGGGCUGGUCAGAGUUUAACUCUAGUGUGGAUUGUGUGGCCUAUCACAAAAUAGAUCUUUAUAGAGUCUGGACACAUGAUGGCGCAGGGGAGAGUAGGCCUACUCUUGAUGGUCACGUCCUUUGUGACUCUGACUUGGCUAGGAAUAUCAGCAACACCUUUGGAUGACUAUGUCAACACCCCUGACCCUCAUUACACAUACACUCUCCUGUCCAGGGUUGAAGGCCCUAACUACAGCCUUCACAUUCUCAACAUGACGUCACAGAAAUGGCUUACAGAACAAGUGACCCAGAAGCCAAUCUGGUGGCAUUAUGUGAGUAUCAUCAUUCCUAAACAGAUCGUCUACACAGACACAGCAUUUAUGUGGAUAGAUGGUGGCAGUAAUACAGACCAGGUACCGACUGAAAAUGAUGAAUUUAUUAAUGGUAUUACUGCUUUCUCUGUUUUCACGGGAGCGGUGGCAGCAACCAUCAAGCAGAUUCCUAACCAGCCAACAGUAUUCAUGGAUGAUCCAACAAUGAAACGCCGCGUUGAAGACGGUAUCAUUGCUUGGACAUGGAAAGAGUUUUUGGCCAAUGGAAGUAAUCCUGAAAUCUUGCUACGCUUACCUAUGACCAAGGCUGUUGUUCGUGGGUUUGACACAUUGGCGAGUUAUUCAAAAAUAGUGGCUGGGAUCAACAUAAACAAGUUUGUCGUUGGUGGAGCAUCGAAAAGAGGCUGGACAACAUGGACCACGACCGCAGUGGACAAAAGAGUGGUUGGCAUGGUACCGGUUGUUAUGGAUUUACUGAAUACACAAAAGAAUUUACAUCACCACUUCCGGUCACUAGGUGGGUGGACUUUUGCUUUCGGAGAUUAUUACGUUGAAAACAUUACACAAAAUCUGGAUAGCCCCAACAUGCCCAAAAUGUUAGGAGUCAUUGAUCCAUUGACUUACAAAGACAGAUACACAAUGCCAAAGAUGAUUGUCAGCUCCUCUGGUGACGAGUUUUUCCUUCCGGAUGACUCACAUUACUAUUACGACCAAUUGACUGGACCCAAGUUUUUAAGAGUCACGCCUAAUGCUGAGCAUUCUGUGGCCGGACAUUUCAUGAGCACCGUCUUGGCCAUGCAAGCCUUUUUCUUGAACAUCGUAGAGAAGGUUCCGUUCCCAACGAUUACCUGGGUGCUCAGUCAGAAUGACACAGCUGGAAGAAUUGUUGUAACCUGCUCUGUCCCACCACGUGAAGUGACGGUGUUUCACGCUAAGACGCUGGAUGGUAAAAGACGAGAUUUCCGUUUAGCCAUUGCAGACCCGAACAAUCCAGGAAAGUUCUUGAUUCACCCAGUCAUAUGGCUGAACAAGCCAGCCACACAGCUAACACCUCUUCAGUUUGAAGGCGUGAUUGCCAAGCCUUCUGAUGGAUGGGCUGCCUUCUUUCUCCAAAUGAAGUUUACUGGGCUCAAAGGGUCAACGCUAGAGUUUACGACUGAGGUCAACAUAGUUCCUGACGUCUUUCCUUUUGCUGAUUGUUCCGGUGAUAGUUGUCAUGGCUCUUUGGUUUAAUACUAUUAGCGCAGUUAGCAAUGGAAGUGGACCUAUGUUUCCGACUAAGCCUUUGGCAUUGUAAUAUUUGGUGAUUCAAAGCUUAGAAUACAAUUGCUGGUAUUAGACUCUUGCAA